AUGCCUCGCAAGCUUUCGUUGACGAUAGAAGAGAUUAAACACAUAUUAGGCCCAAACACUACCGAUGCAUUGGUGGAGGAUUGGAAGGCAAAGUUACGGAGAAUGAUAGGCGACUAUUUCGAUUUAGACAGGACAUACGGUGAUCAGCCUGAACAUGAAGCCAUGGCUGAUGAAGAGCUAGCCGUUUUAUAUCCCAUGUUAUACGACGAAGCGGAUGUCAACGUUGCUCUUCAAAAGGAAUUGGCUCACAUGUACAUGUCCAAAAUUUUCGGCAACAAUAGAUAUCAGAAGUUGCGUCGAGAUAGUAUGGACGCAUCGGUGAAAUGUGUUGUUCAUUCAUCCAAGAACAAGAAAAGGGUAUAUGCAAAUCGUUUGAACUCAGUGGGCUGA